AUGGCUGAGCGGGGGGCGCCCAGGGCGGCGGCGGCGGCCGGCGGCCGGCGCCGGCAACUUUGCGCGGCUCUCCAGAGGCUGCUGCCGCCGCUGCUGCUGCUGCUGCUGCUGCUGCUGCCGCCGCCGUCGCUGCCGUCGGGGGUCCGCGCGCAGGCGGCCGGGCAAGGGCAGGGGCAGGGGCAGGGGCAGGGGCCGGGCCCCGGGCAGCCGCCGCCGCCGCCUCCCCCGCCGCAGCCGCAGGCGGCCGGGCAGCAGCAGCAGCAGCAGCAGUACCACGGCGAGCGCGGCAUCUCCAUCCCGGACCACGGCUACUGCCAGCCCAUCUCCAUCCCGCUGUGCACCGACAUCGCCUACAACCAGACCAUCAUGCCCAACCUGCUGGGCCACACGAACCAGGAGGACGCCGGGCUCGAGGUGCACCAGUUCUACCCGCUGGUGAAGGUGCAGUGCUCGGCCGAGCUCAAGUUCUUCCUGUGCUCCAUGUACGCGCCCGUGUGCACCGUCCUGGAGCAGGCGCUGCCGCCCUGCCGCUCGCUGUGCGAGCGGGCCCGCCAGGGCUGCGAGGCGCUCAUGAACAAGUUCGGCUUCCAGUGGCCCGACACGCUCCGCUGCGAGAAGUUCCCGGUGCACGGCGCCGGCGAGCUCUGCGUGGGCCAGAACACGUCGGACAAGGGCACCCCGACGCCCUCGCUGCUCCCCGAGUUCUGGACCAGCAACCCCCAGCACGGGGGCGGAGGCGGCGCCGGGGGCCGCGGCGGGGGCGCCGGGGGCGCCGCGUCCCCGGAGCGGGGCAAGUUCUCCUGCCCGCGGGCGCUGAAGGUGCCCUCCUACCUCAACUACCACUUCCUGGGGGAGAAGGACUGUGGCGCCCCUUGCGAGCCCACCAAGGUGUACGGACUCAUGUACUUCGGGCCGGAGGAGCUGCGCUUCUCGCGCACCUGGAUCGGCAUCUGGUCCGUGCUCUGCUGCGCCUCCACGCUCUUCACGGUGCUCACGUACCUGGUGGACAUGCGGAGGUUCAGCUACCCGGAGCGGCCCAUCAUCUUCCUCUCGGGCUGCUACACGGCCGUGGCCGUGGCCUACAUCGCCGGCUUCUUGCUGGAGGAUCGGGUGGUCUGCAAUGAAAAGUUUGCGGAGGAUGGGGCCCGCACGGUGGCCCAGGGCACCAAGAAGGAGGGCUGCACCAUCCUCUUCAUGAUGCUCUAUUUCUUCAGCAUGGCCAGCUCCAUAUGGUGGGUGAUCCUGUCCCUCACCUGGUUCCUGGCAGCGGGGAUGAAGUGGGGCCACGAGGCCAUCGAGGCCAACUCGCAGUACUUCCACCUGGCGGCCUGGGCGGUGCCAGCCAUCAAGACGAUCACCAUCCUGGCGCUGGGGCAGGUGGAUGGAGAUAUCCUCAGUGGGGUGUGCUUUGUUGGGCUGAACAACGUGGAUGCCCUGAGGGGCUUCGUGCUGGCGCCCCUCUUUGUUUAUCUCUUCAUUGGCACCUCCUUUCUCCUGGCCGGCUUCGUGUCCCUCUUCCGCAUCCGCACCAUCAUGAAGCAUGAUGGCACCAAGACCGAGAAACUGGAGAAACUCAUGGUCCGUAUAGGAGUCUUCAGCGUCCUCUACACCGUGCCUGCCACCAUCGUCAUUGCCUGCUACUUUUACGAGCAAGCCUUCAGAGAACAGUGGGAGCGAAGCUGGGUGGCCCAGAGCUGCAAGAGCUAUGCCAUCCCUUGCCCUCACCACCAGGGCGGUGGGGGGGCCCCUCCCCACCCACCCAUGACCCCUGACUUCACAGUCUUCAUGAUCAAGUACCUCAUGACAUUGAUUGUGGGUAUCACCUCUGGGUUCUGGAUCUGGUCGGGCAAGACCCUCAACUCUUGGAGAAAGUUCUAUACCAGACUUACCAACAGCAAACAGGGGGAAACCACGGUCUGAGAGAGAAACCUCCAUCCCACAGGCACACAACUCCAACAAAAAGCCAUUUCCAGUUUCCUCUACUUUCCCAACCCUGAAAAGGUGGCUAGGCUCCAUAGGAUUCAUUCCUCUUGUUUGACUCUGGCUCUUUCCAGCUAUGCUUCCUCUCACACACAUUUUAAAAAAACAAACAAACAAACCAACCAACCAACAAAAACCACCUUCAGAUCUCUAGAACCAUCCCUGGAAGCAAGCAAACAAGGGGACUUGACUGCUAGGAGAGAUUUGGGAUGUACUGAUGGACACCUCACUCUCUGGUACCAAGACUUUAUGGUUUUAUGAUUGUAAAUAGCCUGUGUAAGAUUUUUGUAAGUAUAUUUGUAUUUAAAUGAUGGAAAAUCACAUUUUUAAUUAUUUAGGGAUUUUUAACCAUUCCCAGAUUUUCUUUCUCGGGUGUUGUUUUUUUUUUUCCUCCAAGUAUUCCAAAAAGAAAAGGGGGAAAAACCAAUUCCCUCUUUCACACAGGUUUUUUCAGAGCCAUCUGCUCAGGGUUGAGCAGAGAAGUCUUGAUUUUGUUACCAUGUCUGACAAUUCUCCCCUCCUUUCCCUCUGACCCCUCUCCCCCUUUCUGAAGUGGGGUGGGGGAACUCAGAUCUCUUCCAGCCUUCCAAACCUUAAGCUGGGAGCCCUGCCAGGCCCAAUUCCACCCUCCCCUGGGGGCAGAUUCUGAAGCCUUGUCUUUUUACUUUAUAAACCUGAAUUUUCUAUGUGAACUGUGCUCAAAGCUCGCCAAGGACCUGGCACAUGUGGGUGCUGACAAUCUUCAGCCUUCCACCACAACCCACCUCUCAUUCCCAGGCACUUAACCUGGUUUGAGGGUGAGUAGGAUGUAAAUUCCAAGCUUGUUUUCCAGUCUACUUUUUCAUGGAUGAACUCAUUUUUUUUUUUCCUGAGUGUAUAAAAUCUGAAAUAGAUUUGGCCAACCUCAUGGAAAAAAAUGUGGUGACUGAGCUUUCAGAAGAGGCAUCACACUUUGUGUGGGUUGGAAGAGACUGAAAAUGGUGGUUUGAAAAUGUUAAUUUCAAUUGUAGACUCAUUCUUGGCAGUCUGCCUCCUGAAUUGAGACAGCUUAAGUGUUUAUAUUUUACUCUUUUGUAAACAAAACAGUUGAGAUCACCUGGAAAUCUUUAUUGGAAAAUUGAUAUUUAUUGUCAUUAUCAGGACAACAAAAUAUAAAACUUAAGGGGUCUGAGAAAAUGGGCUUUCUCACUAUGUAUUGCUGUAGUCACUUUUUGAAAUCAAUUUGCAAACCAAUUGAUAAUUAGUCUUAUAAUGCAGGACUCUUUAAGCAAACAAGCAAAAUGCUGUACAUUGUUAACCCAUUCUUGUUAUUAAGAAAUUAAGACUGAGGAGUCUUGGUAGGGGGAGGGAGGAGAGACAGUCUGUUCUUCUGAUGAUUAACCUGAGAAGAUUCUGGAGGCUGAGGAGUAUAAGUGAUUGAUGGAUUUAUUCCCUCAACAAAAUAAUAUUGCAUACGAUGGGAGAAAAAGGGCCCAGGUUCUGCCACCUUAAAAUCAUGUGUGUUUCUCCUUCCCCACAGAUGGGUACAUGCAAAAAAAAAAAUACAAUCAAGUCAUAUUUUUU